AUGGUGCAGAAAGUCAUUGGCAACGCUCGAAAACCACUGAUAACGUCCUGGAAAGAUGCUGACGACAUGGUGUCAUCCACUGGUUUUAUAAAUGAUGAGAACUCAAACCCUAUAAUCAUAUCACUCCCUCCGAACAACAAUUUCCUACAGCACAAUGCAACAUUAGUCGAUUCAAAGAACAGAAGUAUUUGGGCGAUGAAUCGCUUUCGACGAAAAAAGAAUCAAACUAAUAUCUAUGGAGCAGCCACUGUUAAACUUCGACUAACUACACCGCCAACAGCAAUAAAAUACUACCAAUUACCUGUACGACAGUCCGGCUUACGUGGUGUUUCACAAAUACGGCUUCCAUCCGAUUUCCGAGUGGCUCAGCUGCGUGCGGUAAAUACCUUCGAACAUUCAGUUCCGAAUCCUGCCAGUAUCAGCUUUUGUGAUCAACUAUUGCUGGUUGCUGUUGGCAAAGUGCUAUACUCGGGUGCUUCACCAUUUCUUAUGCUGACUGAAGGCGAGAAGCAUUUAGGUAAUAAUGAUGGACAGAGGAAAAAAUGA